AUGAAAGGUUAGGUUUUUAUCAUUAUCAGAUUGAGUUCUGUAUAAUAAAACAUUAAGUGGUAGAAGUUUUAGAUUUUCAUUUUUGUACGUAUGAUGGAGGAGGUAGAUAAUAUAAUUAUUCACUCGUUACGUCAAAUAGGCUGUGGUAUAAAAGAAGAAGUAACAAACUUAAGUGGCUUCGAUACAGAGACUGUAGUAGAAGCAACAGUAAAAUGUUUAGAUGCAAUAAGACCAGGUCUUGGAUUGCAUACAACAUUGCCACCGAAUAUGGCAGCACGUUUUCGUUUAGGUGCAACACUGGCACAAGCAUGCACGCGAAUAAAAUAUUUGUCAUCUAUACUUAUACUGGAUUCAUAAAUUUAGGACCUUGGAUACAGAGGUGAUAUCGGUUAUCAAACAUUUCUCUACAGUUCGGAAAAUGAUUUAAGAAGGGUUUUAAUGUUUUUGAUUGAAAAAUUACCCAAGGAAAGCGAUAAGACUUUAAGCGAACCGACCAGUGAAAUUGCUUUGCUAGAAAAAUCCAUAGCAUCUGUUAUAUCGCAAAGUUUUUCCAUACCGUGGUUACCACAUUUUUGUCACAAAAAGGGAUUUAGAAACAGAGGAAGGGCAAAUGUACCUUAUAAAUCUGUAAAUAUAGAAGUAUCAACAUCUGAUACUGAAGAAGAGUAUCAAGAUUACUAUUUACAUUAUAUGCAACCAGUGCCUAAUCAAAUGCUAACUCAACAAUCUUUUUUACCUUCUAUUCUUUCACACAAUGCAAGAGCUAUUCAUUCACAAUCGGUAAAUAUUAAAGAACAUAUCGAUUGGUUGAACGCUCAACAAGAAAAGAUAAUACACGCAUCUAAUCACAAUCAACCAUUUAACAGAGUUUCUCUGAAAGAAUCAUCAGUAUCCAAGAAUUCUCAACUGAACGAGGCAGAUGUUCCAAACUCUGAUGCUAAAGUAGCUGAUACGAUUAUGACAGCUGAUGUACCACAGCAAGAAUUUGUUUCUAAAAAAGAAGAGAUACAAGACUUGCAAGUUGAAAAAAUAAAAGAGGAAUGUGAAAACUUUAAACACAAUAUAGAUAGUUUACAAGAGGAGAUUAAAAAAUUAACGGUAAAAGUAACUCAAGCAUCAAUGACUUAUCAGAACGAGGAAAAGGCAUUAAAAAUUGACAAGGAACAAAGAAAAGUUAAAGCGAGAGCUUACGAUUUAUAUCAAGAUGGAGAAAAAAAUAUAGAAAAGUUAGAAACUAUUAUCGAAGGGAUUACAGAAAAAUUACUACAUUUAGCUAAUCAAUGGGAAAAACAUAGAAUGCCAUUAAUUCAAAAAUAUCGAGAAGAAAGAGAGAAACAUUCCACAAAGGCGAGUGUAAGUCAAAAGAAACAGGAUGAAAUAAAACUACUCAAAGAAAAGGAGAAAGAACUUGAAGAAGAAUGCAGGAAUAAAGACCAAUUGUAUUCGCAAUUAGUGGUAGAAGUACAGAAACUUCCUAAAGAGAUUAACAGAUCUGCAUACACCCAACGAAUUUUAGAAAUAAUAAACAAUGUCAGAAAACAAAGAGACGAGAUUAAUAAAGUAUUGGGGGAUACUCGUGAAAUUCAGAAAGAAAUUAAUACGCUUACCGGUCGCUUAGAAAGAUCGUUCACGGUAGUGGACGAAUUAAUAUUUAGAGAUGCGAGGACGAACGAAGCCUCGAGAAAAGCAUACAAAUUAUUGGCAACAUUACAUUCUGAUUGUAGUGAACUUGUUAGUUUGGUCGAAGAAACAGGUGCUACAAUACGUGAAAUAAGAGAUUUGGAAGAACAGAUCGACACGGAAUCUGCUAAGAAUGUUGGUGCAAACCUAGAAAGAAUAACUGCUGACUUAAAGCAAAUGAAACAAGAAACGGCUGCGUUAACUGCACAACUCCAAAACCGAAAUUCAUGAUUAAGUUAUAGAUGCGAUAAUAAUAUAUUAUAGCACACUCAUAAUCACAUAAAAAUACUAACAAAAGUAUUCGAAUGAAUAUUAUUCAUUAAAUACAAGACUAAAUGGACAAAUACUUUUAUAGUUAUGUAAAAGCCUUGUAUACAAUUUUAAUAACUUAGUGUUAUUUAAUGGAUGUAUUAAUUGUAAAGGAUGCUGUAAAAAUGCUGCAAAAAAUGUGCCUCAGCCUGGAGCACUUGAUAAAUUAAAACUAUACAGCUUCCAGUCCCAAAUAUACAAU